AUGAAGCCACCAUAUCGUCUGGCCAGUAUCGCAGCUUCAGCAUAUGCAGCUGUGGUAUUCAAGAAGCCCGAGCCUGGAUCGACGCAACCUCUGUUAUACAACACAGACGACCCUCACCCACAAGUCUACACGGAGUGGAUAGACGAUGGCCAAGAGCCCGCUAUCAGCGAACUCUCUUCCUACGAGAUGAACGUCGUGGUCGGCGGCAACGACGCGUCGAACUCCUGGUACAUUACGCCAGAGCGUGCCCUUUCGGGUUCGUUUGGAAGGGCCCGUUGGGGAAGUACAAGCGCGCCCGGUCCAGAUCACUUUAUCGACACCGUAGCAGCGGAACCUGCCGCGGCGGCGAGGAUUGAAAAUGGGUUCUAUCUCAUGAUGAAGGCUCCUGCAAGGGAGGGAGGGUGGCAUAACGGGACCAUUACAUUCUACUCGGGUCGAUUCAGUAUCGAUGGGAUGAAUGGGCCGGUAAACCUCACGCAUGCGACUGCUGCUGCUGAGGCUGGGAGUAGUGUGCCUAGGACUCAGAGCUAUCUGGAUCCUCCACUGUCAGAGUCUCACUCGCAAUCAAAAGAGGAGUCCCCAUCUGCUGCCAAUGUUGGAGUUGGUGUUGGAGCCAUGCUGGGAGUGGUUGUCAUCACAAUGGCAAUUGGAUUGGCUUGUUUCUUGCGGCUCAGGAGACGGCACGGCCAUGCGAGCCCAGAAAUCGCGCAGGACAAAGCGGAGCUUCCUGAUGUGGGAAGGGCCAGACUUGAACUGGAUGGAUCACGAUGCCCGGAUAACAAUGGUGCUGCUCAGGGGAGCCCUCAAUCUGGCGGGCAUCUUGCAGAGCUUCCGACAAACUGGACUGGAUGGGAGGCGCCAGCUUUGCUUGAGGUGGAGAUGUCCAGACCGUCGAAGCAGCAGCGCAGCUUAACACUGGGCUAA